AUGACUAGUAAAGAUUUUAUUAGUGUUGACGAUAUUAGUGUUGAAAGCGAAGACAUUAUUAUCGAAGAUGUUGGUGUUGAAAAUGAAGGUAUUAAUAUUGAAGGCGGAAGUAUUGAUAUGGAAGUUGAUGUUUAUGUUAAUAAUAGUAGUGAUGUUGAUGACGGCAAAUUGGUUUAG